UUCCUGGUGAGAUUGUUUAACAGGGCAGGGAGCAUUUACGGUAAGCUCUUUGAAGGAGGGCAGAGCCCAGGCAGAGCCUGGAGGAACUGGCCCACCUGAGGUGCCUGUGAGCUACUUAGUUCCCCCCUCUGGGCCUGCUGCAUCUGGAGGAUCCAUCGGGGAGGCCCCAACCCAUCAAGGACCCAGAAGUCGGACGCAGCUGGUCCAGGGUGGUGGUUGGCUGGGUCAGGGACGCAAGGCACCAGCUGGGCCAUCUCGCCUUCUCCACUGAAGCAGGGACGUGGGAGCCGUAGCCCUCAGGCUAACACUGAGCCCAAGCGUUCUUCGCCUGGACAAGAUGAGAGUGUCAGGUCUGCUGCGCCUCCUGUCCCUCAUCUCUGUCCUGGUCGUCACCUGGUUCUUUGUCCGCAGCUAUAUCAGCUCCAACAUGAUAAACGUCCGCCUGCCCCGCUGGAUAGGUUCAGUCCACAAGGAGAACCCGGUCGUAGUGAAGACCAAGUGUGGACUCAGCAAAUCAUGCUCAGCCAACUUCUUUGCAUUUAAAAUCAGCAGCGGGGCCGCCAACGUCGUGGGCCCCUCCAUGUGCUUUGAAGGCCAAAUGAUCAUGAGUCCCGUGAAAAACAAUGUGGGCAGAGGUCUGAACAUUGCCCUGGUGAACGGAACCAAGGGAACAGUGCUGAGACACGGAAGUUUCGACAUGUACUCUGGAGAUCCUAACCUCCUGGUGAAAUUCCUUAAAGAAAUCCCAGAUGGCACACUGGUGCUGGUGGCCUCCUACGACGACCCAGGGACCAAGAUGAAUGAUGAAAUCAGGAAGCUCCUCUCCGACUUGGGCAGUUCCUACGCAAAGCAACUGGGCUUCCGGGACAGCUGGGUCUUCUUAGGGGCCAAAGGCCUUAAGAGCAAAAGCCCCUUUGAGGAGCUCUUAAAGAACAACCCAGACACGAACAAAUAUGACGGCUGGCCAGAGCUGCUGGAGCUGGAGGGCUGUGCGCCCCAGAAGGUAUAUUAGGGCAGCUGCGGCUCUUCCUGGGCCAGGGCCCAAGGAUGCUUCUGCCUGAUUUAGGAGUCAGAGCCCGGAGACACUGCGAGCUGGACUGGCAGGAGCAAGGACAGUGGAGAAGUGGGAGCAGCAAUGUGGAAGGUGCCAACGGUCCUUGAACACUAUGCGGCUUCCUCCAUUGGAAACAAAACCCUCCCUGGGCGAAGAAAUCACUCCCAGAGGUGGCCAGCCUCAGAGGGUCCUCCCGGAGCCAUCUGUCUGUGGAGAGAACAGGUGUGCUUUCCCUCAGGGACGGCUGGAUUGCUCCCGAGGAAGGACAGGACAGAAUUCCCCAACCUGAGCACAAUUAAAUGUUAUUUUUGCUGAUUUUGAAUGAU